AUGUCUAAAGAAAUUGUGACUGAGCGACCUGCGCCUGCUCGCCCGCCCCGGCACCCUUCUGCUGCGCGCCGGGGGAGGCCGGGCGGCUGGCCCGGGGCAGUGCCCCCCGAGGCACCAGGGCUGGGAGGGGGGCGGAAGGGAGGGGAGCGGCGGGAGAAGGGGAUUGGCUGGCGGGAGGUAGGGCGGCAGGAGACGUCGCGCACGGUUGAAGCGUCCCCGUUGCCAUGGAACCCGUUGCGGGCGGUGAUUGGCGGAGCGGGCGGUGCCCCGGGGCCCGAUGGGAGCGCGGAGCCGACGCUGCGAGUUUCAAAGCGGCAGUCCCAGGUACUUACUGCCUCCAUGCUCAGUGCUCAGCCCAGGAGUAGGAGGAGGGUCGCCCACUCCAGCCCUCCGUCCCCAACCAGCUCUGAGGAUGAGCAGCCUUUGAGCUCCUCCACUUACUCCUUGCUCUCCCCCAUUUACCAUCAGAGUUUCCAGAGCUGCAAUGAGGAGGAGAAGGAGGAUAGGGAGGAAGCAGCACUAUCAGCUAGGGGGCAAAGAACCUUCAAGAGGAAUAAACACAAUAGUAAUGCUGAAAGCUGUAAUGUAACAGAAAAGAAAAAGCAGUCACCUCUGACAGAUAAUCUUUCGCCAUGGGAAGAAUGGUUCAUUUGCAAAGAGAGAGAGCUACGUGUCCGCUUACAAGCCAGAGCUUUAGAGGAAAUGAAUUUACAAGUGGAGAGAAGAAAAGAAAAGCAGGAACUUGAAAGGAAAAAAAAGAUUGCUGAAGAGAAACACAAGGAAUGGGUGCUGAAAAAGAAUGAAGAGGAAAGAAAGGAAAAGGAACGAAAGCUCAUCAAAAAAAUGGCAGAAAAAGCAGCGAGAGAUCUAGAGAGAAUCCAAUUGCAAGAAAAAGCUAAAGGAAAGUAUAAAGAAUGGCUAAAGAAGAAAAGAGCUGAAGAGUCUGAGAAGAAGAAGAAAGAGGAGGAAAAGGAACAAAAAAGGGUAGCUGAAUUACAGGAGAAAAAAGAGAAAUCAGAGAAGAUCUUUAGAGAGUGGCUACAGAAUGCCAGAAAUAAGCCCCGCCCAGUUUUACACGGUUAUGGCUAUACCAAUGGGAAACUUCCAGGAUACUCCAAAGGAAAUUCAUAUCCAGCUCCAGCCUAUUGUAACCCUAUUCCCUGGAAACCAAUUCAUGUGCCACCGCCUAAGGAAGAUAAGAAUGUUACAGUGAAAAAAAAUAAGAGACCUAUAUCCAGUCAGUCAUAUAGGUCCUCAGCUAUGGUAAUCCAUAAACCCAAGAACAAUCUUUGUAUUGGAUCAUUGCACAGAAAACAAAGAUAGUAUAGGAAGCAAAAUAACUUUUUUUUAUUAGCUUGAUUUAACUAAGUUUUAAAGUACAAAAGUUAUUUCUUGGUUAAGUGUUUCCUUAAAUGUUAAAAAAUACAGUGUUGAAAGACAACAUUUUAUCAGCUUUUAACAGUUGUGAUCAUUUAAUGUUAGCUAAGGAAUAUCUUUUCCAAAGACUUUUUAACUCAGUUAUUUUAACACUUAGAAAAUUAUCUUUUAAAAAUAUGUGAACUAGUCUUUUUAGUCACUUAAGUGACCUUUAUGUUUAUUUUUAAAAAUUUUAUAUGUAGCCAGUUAUAUUGCAACCACUCCUUGAUAUCAAUAAAACAUUAGUGAUUAGUUUUUGUGAUUCUUCAAAGGGGUGUGAUUUUUUUUAAUGUGUUUUCGGUGGUUAGUUGGGCUAUUAUGCUCAUUGUUUUAAACAUGCCAGGUGCAGCAAAUUUUGAGUUUUUUGGGGGGGGGGGGGCGGGUAGGCAUGGGGGCGGGGAAAUGGAAUGAAACUUCAUUUCCUAGACUCAAAAAAUUUUAUGCUCCAGUAAGAAAUAUACCAGUACUUAUUUACAAAAUAAACAGUAAGUAUUACAAAACCAACAUGGGACCCAUUACACAAAUUCAGUGUUGUGUUAACCAGAAAAUGUAUUAUAUAAGUUAUACUUACCUAGAAUCUUUGGUUGAUUGCCAAAAAUAAAAUGAUUGUGCUACCCCAACAUAAUAAUUCUGCUCUUUUAAAAUAAAAUUAUUCUUUGUGGAUAGUAAUUGUAGGAAUAGUAGUCAACUUCAGCUUCUUUCUAGCUGAUGGAGGGAAAGAGCUUUACGUGAAACUUUUAUUUGGAGAACACACACGUUUUAGUAGUUUACAAUGGACUGAGAGGUCUUGGGGUUUUUUUGCCUUUUAAAGAAAUUAGUUUAUACAGUAUACUUGGCAGUUGGCAUUAUCUAGAAAAUAUUAUCUUACAAUAAGGGAAUGCAGCAUCUUAGGCUAUGUUUACACUGCUACUUAUAUCGGUAUAACUUACUGUGCUCAGGGGUGUGAAUAACGCCCCCCCCCCCCCACUGCGCCUUACAGCUGCACCGCUGUUAGCUUUUUAGUGUAGCCAUAGCCUUAAAGAGUGGUGGUCGAUUGCUUUGUGAAAGAUGCAUGCUUUAGGACAUUAAGCUGUUGCUAGAGCAAAUAGAUAUUUUGUUAGGGUUUGUCAAUGAUUUAUCAUGUGUAAACUUGUUUCUUUGUAUGAUGUCUAAAACAAAUUUUCACAAAC